AUGGGCAUGUUCUCACGCAAACACCAGGAGCCUGUUACAACUGGACCUGAAGCCAAUGUAGCUACUACUCAUGAGACAAAACGUCAUGGUAAAGGACCAACUGUUCUAUCAAUGAGUAAACGUCCAAGUUUCGGUCAGUGGCUUAAAGUUACUUGGCUCGAUAUCGUUACUAUGGCUGCUAUGGGUGCUGUUGGGCUUGGUGUUUAUGAAGCUCAUCCGGCUCCAUCUCGAUCUUUCCCAGUUUACUUUCAAGAUGGAGAGGUUGUCUACCCUCAAUUUGCAUACCCUCUCCGCAACGAAAUCGUUCCGAUCUGGGAAGCCGCACUCCUCGCAUCUCUCGUUCCCAUCGCCGCAUUCCUUAUUGUCCAAAUCCGCGUUCGCUCUUUCUGGGACAUGAACAAUGCCGUAAUUGGCCUCCUCUACUCCCUCAUUGCCGCCGCCGUCUUCCAAGUCUUUCUCAAAUGGCUCAUCGGUGGACUUCGUCCUCAUUUCCUCGCCGUCUGCAAACCCAAUAUCCCUGUCACUGCUCAACAGGAAACAGGAAAUGGUCUCAACUACAUCAUGUACGAUCGUAAAAUCUGCACUGGAGAUGAAGACGAAAUCGACGACUCUCUCGAAUCCUUCCCAUCCGGCCACUCCACUGCUGCUUUUGCCGGUUUCGUUUUCUUAUACUUGUAUCUCAAUGCCAAGCUCAAGGUCUGGUCAAACUAUCAUCCGGCCAUGUGGAAACUCAUCGUCAUAUACGCACCCAUUCUCGGCGCCACACUGAUCGCAGGUGCACUCACCAUCGACGAAUAUCACAAUUGGUAUGAUUGUGUCGCCGGUGCCAUCAUCGGAACCGUCAUGGCUUUUUCCGCGUACCGAAUGGUCUAUGCAUCGAUUUGGGACUGGAGAACUAAUCACAUCCCAUUGAACCGCUCGAUUCCAUUCCCGGGUAUGGGCGCGGGUGCGGAACUAGAGGAUGCGACGUUUACGAGACAGGCUGGAUGGGGCACCGAUGGCUAUGGUGCGGGUGGGUUUGGUGGUAAGGGUGCAUAUGAUCAUGGUCAUGGUCAUGGUCAUGGGUUUGGUCAUCAUAAUGGUCUUGGUAUGAAUGAGGGAAUGGUUCACGGAGGAGAUAUCCGAAAUAAGGAAUACUCUAAUGCUGCUGGUAUUGGUCGCAAACCUGUAAACACAGGUGUGGUGGGUGCGGGUGUGGGCCAUCACAACGGCGAUACUGCGAACAUUGUCUAG